UUCACCAGCCCCACGAACUUUCUAUAAAAAAGAUUAAAAAUUAAUUAAUUCUUAAUUUUGUUUUUCUCAUAUAUUUUUUUGCUUCACCAACUCUUUACCAUGGCUAGGUGACCAUGGUAACGUCCUUCUCUGUCUCUAUAUAUACACAAACACCAACACACUCCGUACCCGUACAUCAUAAUUUCCCAGUUCGUCACAUUAGGAUACUUUCUGUCUCUCUACGUAUCGCCGGACAAUGCCCGUCGGCGUCUCUCCUCCGGUCGGAAAAACCGUAUGCGUCACCGGGGCCGGCGGAUAUAUCGCCUCUUGGAUCGUCAAAUUGCUCCUGGAGCGAGGUUACGUCGUCAGAGGAACCGUACGCAACCCAGAUGAUCCGAAGAACAGCCAUUUGAGAGAGCUCGAAGGAGCGAAGGAGAGGCUGAUCCUGUGCAGAGCGGAUCUGGAGGACUACGGUGCUCUCAAGGAGGCGAUCGAAGGCUGCGAUGGCGUCUUCCACACUGCUUCUCCCAUCACCGACGAUCCCGAAAAAAUGUUGGAGCCGGCAGUGAACGGAGCCAAGUACGUCGUCAGAGCGGCUGCCGAAGCCAAGGUCAAGCGUGUGGUCACCACCUCCUCCAUCGCAGCCGUCCACGUGGACCCGAACCGUGACCCUGAUGCCGUUGUGGACGAAAAUUGUUGGAGUGAUCUUGACUUCUGCAAGAGCGCUAAGAACUGGUAUCGUUAUGGGAAGACGGUGGCAGAGCGGGCGGCAUGGGAGGAGGCAAAGGAGAAAGGCGUGGACCUCGUGGUGCUGAACCCGGUGCUGGUCCACGGGCCACCGCUUCAGCCCACGGUUAACGCCAGUCUCUUUCAUAUCCUCAAGUACCUAACCGGCUCAGCCAAGACAUAUGCCAACUCGACCCAAGCUUACGUGGACGUCCGAGACGUGGCCUUGGCCCACAUUCUAGUAUUCGAGGCCCCCUCGGCUUCGGGCCGUUACAUCCUGGCCGAGAGCGCGCUUCACCAAGGGGAGGUCGUUGAGAUACUGGCCAAGUAUUUCCCUGAGUAUCCGCUUCCGACCAACGGUGAAGCUACCAUGUGCCAGGUGCUCGGACGAGAAGAAUCCGAGGGCGAAGCCGUACAAGUUCACGAACCAGAAGAUCAAAGACUUGGGAAUGGAGUUCACACCGAUCAAGCAAUGCUUCUACGACACUGUCAAGAGCUUGCAGGAGAAGGGACACCUUCCACCUCCCCAGCAAUCCAACCAAGACGCCGUUAAAAUCGAGUCUUCUUAGCCUUUAGAAGCUGAUAUCCUGAAACAUCCUUAGCAUUAUACAAUAUAUAUGCAAGGUUGUUUUAAUGUCAACGUUCUGAAACGUAUGCUUUAUGCAUCCGUACAAUCUAUGGUCAUGCGCCUGAAUCUGCGAAAUAAGCUUAGCAAAGUAUCGUAUGGAUAUCUGUUUAGGGGCAUGAUGAACCGUCCAACCUGCAACUCUCGUCUAUGUUUCAGAUCAUUCUUGUCGAGUUUUGGAAACUGAAGUACCUGUCUUUGUUUGUCUCUUAAUUAGGAUUAACUCGGCACAGUAACUCAGAACCUGCAACUCGACUCGGCAAACUUCAUGAAUGUUUGCAAUGUUGACGUCAGAAAAUGAUGAAUGCGAGUAAUUGACGUUGAUUGGUUGAGUUGUUUUUAAUAGCGAUUCCAAAUUGUUGUGGUUCAAGACUGAUUUUGUAAAUUAGG